UCUCGAUAUCCAGCUAGUUUGAAUUUUGUCGAGGAUUUUAGCGCCUUGUUCUAAUGAGGAUCUAACUAACAGUACUCUCUGACGGAACACUGGCCAAGCACUGGCUUUCCCAAACAUGAAUCAAAGUACGAAUUCAUCCAGCUAUCUGGCCAAAAUCUCGCAUCUGGAGUUAGCCAUAAUGAUCGGUCUCUACGCUGUGUUAAUGUUAGUAAUUUUAACCGGUAAUGGACUCAUUCUAUCCGCGUUCUUUAUAAACAAACGCCUCCGCACCGCCACAAACACUUUAAUCAUGGGAUUGGCCGUCAGCGAUAUUCUUGUCGGGUUUGUCUCAAUUCCCUGCUGGUUGGCCAUUUCUACAUCAUAUUACGAGUAUGCUUCGACCACCCAAACAACCUAUAUAUUCUACAUUACCUUUGACAUUUUCAUCGGAGGAGCUUCCAUUCUGCAGCUUACAGCGCUCAGUGUCGAGCGUUGUCACGCAAUCGUCUGCCCGUUACGUCACAGAACUCUCUCCAUAAAAGUUUUCUACGUCAUGAUCGCUAUACCGUGGUUGUAUGCAGCUAUUGUGGCAAGUUUACAACCCGUGCAGUUUGCUGGUGAUUGGCAAGACGUUUACACGCUUCUCGUGGCGUUCACGUGCUUUUUCAUCCCGUUCAUCGUCAUUUUCUUCGCCUAUUUAUUUAUCUAUCGUUUUGCUCGUAACCAACCCGGAAAAAAGAGCAUUUGUCAGCACCGUGCAGUGAGGCAAGCGUACAAAAAAGACCUAAGGCUAUCUGUCACGCUGGCGUUCAUUACAGGACUCUUCGUUGCAGCUUGGCUGCCUCUUUUUGUCGUUACCAUGAUUGGCACAUAUUACCCACAUUACCUUCCGUCCUCACAACGCACUUUCCGCGUGAUUCAACUCGUUAAAUUUUGUCACUACGGCAACAGCGCGUUAAACCCCGUCGUGUAUGCCUUUAGGAACAGUGAGAUGAUCGCCACAUUCCGUUACAUUGCACGCGCCCUGCUUUGUAAAGAACGCCUGGUUCCAAGCCCGCUUAGUAGAACUUCAUCUUUGUGUAGAACGAGCUUGAAGGGAAACUCGCUCUCCGGAAGUUUGAGGAGGUCUUCGAUUAAAGGUGGAAGCCAUAGAGAAAAAGGCUUCUUAAAAAGUGAGGAUCAGGAAGAGAAUAAAAGAAGGGGCGGAAAGAAAUAUGACAGCGUGGUAUUCGUGUAUUCCACCGUGUAGCUUAAAAGAACACGAAUUAGUUAUUCUUACAGUUAAAAAGCUUUCCAAAAAUCUUAAUCACACAAGUUAAUCUUGAGCUUCAUCGUACUAUACAUCAAUCAACGGCUUGUGCAAAACUGGCCCCUAAGUUUGAUUCGGUGCAGAUCAAAAAAAAGGAAAAACCCUGAAGGAAAAUC